GUGUUGUGGUUAAUGUAGUUGCUGUUGCAUUACCUUCAGGUAAAAGUGGUUGGUGUAUGUCUGGUGUAUGCGGAAAGCAUCAUAAUCGUCGCAAUGAGCACUUUUUGGAGUUAAAUCAGAAAUUGAUGUCGGAAAGUGAUGAACACCUACGUCAAGAUGAUCGGGACGUUGACCCGGAUGACCAAGACAAUAGAGCUGAUGCUGGUGAGGGCUCUGGAGAUCGAGAUGUAGAAUCUCAAAAGGAAUUCCAAGACCAGGACUCUGGUAAUACGCCUACUGAUACACCAGACCAUGCUGGUAAAUCGGCAAGUAGCGACAAUCCGGAGAGCCACGAGGAACCAUCUGUUGACAACCGAAGCAUGGUUGAGAAUCCGGGGAUGGCCGUUGGCACGGAUGCACAGCAAGAGCAUGGUACAAAGCCUAGUGAUGAGAGCAGCCACGUUGCUAUGGAAUCGCCCUAUCAAGGGGCUAAUAUGGAUAGUUCCAUUGACAGGGGGACAAUGUUCCCAUCUGACGAUGAUAGAGCAGCAAAGUUGGGUGUUAAUAACCCCGUAGGUACCAGUGCCCGUGAUGCAGUGAUGCAUGAUAUGGUAUCUCAGUCUAACCAUAUGAAGCGGGAUAGUGAUAUUAGCGAACAGAAUGCUGCUGCUUCGGAAGCCGACGCACUGAAUACCACUAGCGUUACUGAUGUAACCACUACAUCUGUACCGAAGAGUGGAGAGGGGAAUAUUAUCAUUACUAAUACAACUCACGGUAGCAGCGACAAACCCAAGGAAGAAGAGGAUCCUUUGGUGGCCUUACGCAUCGCCGUAACGAAUUUAUAUCAGCGGGCACGAUACAAGAACUUGCCUGUUGGCGAGGUUGGCGACUUAGCCACCCCUCAGGCCAUAUACCAAUCGUUGAAUAAGCUGGAGUACAUCGUUGACGGUUAUAGACAUUCACAACUCAGGUCACCCAAUCCCGAUUUGAACAUCCAAGUUGACGACGGUAAAUCAUCGGGGGACGAUUCGUCAGGACAGCCUGAUGAGAGUUCUCAAUCGGUGCAAGAUGAAACCGCUCCGGAUGACGUAUCUGGUGAAGGUUUCUUACAGUUACACAAUGACUCAAACCGUGUUCCUGGCCACCGGUUUUCUCAGGUAGAUGAUGACGAUGAUUCAUAUGGUAUCGAUGACGACGAGGUUUCCAAUGACGCUGAUGACUAUACGAUGAACGACGACGAGCAUGAAGGGGAGGAGGACGAUGCCGAGGAGCCGGAUGAGAAUGGAUCGGCUAAAAAGGAAUCUCGGGCAGAACCGGAGAUGGAUCCUAAGAAGGCUCUUGAGAUAUUGAAAACUACCAUCACUGACCUUGUGGAGACUCUGAACACUGUAGUCGCAUCUCACACGGGUGUUAAAAAUGUGUUGAUAAAGCAUACACCCAACGAGGUACAAGUUGCCUAGUGAAUUUCAAUAUCGCAUGAUCGCAAUUAUGAAAUGGCCAUUCUGGAUUACUAGGGCAAUGUAUAAUUUGCAAUACUCAACGCA